AUGCCUUCUUAUAAGAGUUUGGUCGACAAGCAACGUACCUAUUUUAAAUCGGGUGCCACGCGAUCGCUCGAGAAAAGAAAGCAUGCUCUCAACCAGCUAAAGGCAAUGAUUGAAGAGGAUGGAGAAGAGCUGGCGAAUGCGAUUUUUCAAGAUUUACAUAGGGAUGGCCAUAUGGAGGUGGGAAUGACAGCUCGAGCCAUCGAUGAAUGUCUGCAAAAGCUCGAGGAAUGGAGUGCUCCGACGAAGUUGCCCUCUGGUGGCCUACUUGAUCCAAACAGUGACCAACUGUACAUUGUGAGAGAGCCAGUUGGAGUCGUGUUGAUCAUUUCUCCGUGGAAUUUCCCUCUUAUCACUUCGGUUCCCCUUGUUCAAGCGUUGGCUGCCGGAAACACCGUAAUUCUGAAGCCCUCCGAGUUGGCGCAGCACACAGCCGAAGCUUUCGAGCGAGUAGUAAAGAAACGUUUUAAUGAGGAGCUGUUCGCGGUGGUGAACGGCGCCGUGCAAGAGACGACUGAUUUGUUGAGUGAGCGCUUCGAUCACAUCGUUUACACUGGAAACCCAGCGGUGGCAAAGGUGAUCAUGUCGGCUGCGGCAAAGCAUUUGACCCCGGUCACCCUGGAGCUUGGCGGGAAAAACCCAACAGUCAUUCUUGACGAUGCCGAUGUCGAGUUGGCAGCCGAGAAAAUCGUUGGAGCGAAAAUGAUGAAUUGUGGCCAGAUUUGCAUAAAUCCUGACUAUGUGUUAACCACAUCAAACACCAAACCGAAGCUGAUCUCGGCGAUUCGCGAAGCUUUCGAGAAACAGGGAGAGCUGAGAGACAACGCCGCUUUCGCUCGAAUCAUCAAUGAGAGACAUUUUGACCGUUUAAAAGCUUUGGCUUCAAAGACCAAUGGGAAAUUGGCAUGGAAAGCUGAUGGAGAAGAGGAUCGGAUUGGGAAAUUUUUGCCUCCAAGUGUUUACGAGAUUGAAGCCGAUGAUGAACUGAUGAAAGAUGAGAUCUUCGGCCCAAUCCUCCCAAUCAUCACUGUUGAUGGAAUUGAUCAGGCGCUUCAUUUCAUUCAGGAAAGAGAAAAGCCACUUGCUGCAUACAUUUUCUCGAAAUGCCCCGAGGCGACGAGAAGAUUCAUCACUGAAACGUGGUCGGGCGGUGUCUGUGUGAACGACUUGCAGACUCAUGCAUUCGUCUCAAAUGUGCCUUUUGGUGGAGUGGGCAAUUCGGGAGUGGGAAGGAUCAACGGAAAAUACUCGUUUGACAAUUUCACCCACGAGAAAACGGUGCUCAUUCGCGGUGGAGUGGGCAAAGAAAUCCCGUUGAACAAACUU